AUGUCCUUCCUCCGCCGCAGGCUCGCGGACCUGGACUCCCUCCCCACGCCCAUCGACAGCUCCAUGGCCGACCUGGCACCAGGGCAGAGGUGCCGAAUCCACCUCCACCAUCGCCCCUAUCACUCCAACCUGGCUGGCGUCAAUCAAGCCCUUAACUUGGCCUUCGUCGACGCGCUCUGGUGGACACUGGGCAUCAUGGCCAUGAUCAUUCUGGUGAUCCGGUUCGGACAGAUCGCCUGGGCCCAGCUUCGACGAGUCUCAGCCAUGGCCGUCCCCGCAGAGGCUCAAGAGUACUGGAAGAGGGCACAGUCAAACUGGAUGCCUUGGUUGAAGCGCAACAUCAUCUACGCCCCCUUCUGGAAAAAGCGCCACAACCGUGAGUUCAGGCUCUCCAAGGCCGGUCACAUGGGCGUCCUCCCAUCUCGCCUUCACAGCAUUAUCCUCUUCAUCUGGCUGGCGAGCAACUUUGUGUACAUGUUCGUCCUCAACUGGCGCAACGCCAACGUCUUCUCCUUUGCAGCCGAGGUCCGUGGACGCUCUGGAACCCUGUCUGUCGUCAACAUGGUACCCCUGAUUAUCUUUGCUGGCCGCAAUAACCCCUUGAUCUCCUGGUUGAAGAUAAGCUUCGACACCUACAACCUGCUCCACCGCUGGAUGGGCCGUUUGUCGGUCAUUGAGGCCGUCAUCCACACCAUUGCUUGGAUGUACGUCAGGCAUGCCGACGGCGGUUGGGAGGCUGUCACCUCUCGCAUCUUCCACAAGGCCUUUGAGGCAUCUGGCAUGCUAGGUACCGUGGCUCUUGUCCUCAUCCUUAUUCUCUCGCUUUCGCCCAUCCGCCACGCUUUCUACGAGACCUUCCUCAACGUCCACAUCAUCCUGGCGCUCAUCACCUUCGUCUGCACCUACAUUCACUGUGUCGCCUCGGCCCAUCCCGGUGGCCUUCCUCAGCUGCCCUGGAUGAUGGCCAUCUUCGUACUGUGGUUCGCUGAGCGCCUCGCUCGCGUCCUGCGCACGGCCUACAUGAACUGGUCCGACAGGGGUCUGACCGAGGCCGUCUGCGAGCCCAUGCCUGGUGACUGCACCCGAGUUACCAUGCACCUGCCCCGUUACGUCGACGUCAAGCCCGGCACUCACUGCUAUCUUCGCUUCGCUAAGGUUUCUCCUUGGGAGUGCCACCCUUUCUCUGUCGCUGGUCGACCAUAUUCCUUAUUCACGACAAGCUUGGGCUGA